AUGUUGGAAAAGUGUCCCAAUGGGGACUAUAGCACAUAUUCUGAGAAAGCUGUAGGAUCUUCAGAGUGGUUCAUUAUUAGAAAGCAUCGUGUCAGAAGAUAUGUAUAUUCAAAUUUCAUAACUUUUGAGUGGGACAACCCAUGUUUCGUCAAAACCAAGCCUGAAAUUAUUCAAUAUUGGGGAUAUCCAGUAGAAGUUCACAAAGUAUUAACUAUGGAUGGCUAUAUACUCACCUUGCAUCGGAUACCGUAUGGCAGAAUAGAAGUUCACAAAGUAUUGACUAUGGAUGGCUAUAUACUCACCUUGCAUCGGAUACCGUAUGGCAAAAGUAUGAAUGGUUGCAUAUUGCUUAUUAAACUACAUUUUUAUACAAGCAUUGGACAUAAUUUCAAAAUGGCAUUUAAAAUUAUAGAUUGUAGACAGCUGACAGCAAAUCGACCUGUAAUUUUUCUGCAAUCUGGUCUACUUUGCUCCAGUGCACAUUGGGUGCUCAAUUUGCCACAUCAAUCUGCUGGCUUUGUCUUUGCUGAUGAAUGCUUUGACGUAUGGCUAGGCAAUAUGCGAGGAAAUGUUUAUUCCAAAGAACACAUCAGGCUCAACAGCCUAAUAAGCGAUUUUUGGAAAUUCAGAACUGUAUAUGAUAAAAACUGA